AUGUUCACAGAAUGGAUACGUAUUUGGGCAAGCCAUUGUGCUGCAUUAGAACAAACGAGCUUAAACGUAUCGUUAGACGACAUUCAGGAUCUAGAUGUCGAAAAUUGGGAAGAAAUGACGCCUGGGUCCUUAGAUUUUUGGAUUGGGAUGUUUGUGCAAGAUGUCUCAAACACGAAAGGUGAACGUUAUCCAGGAAGAUCGCUAUACCAAAUCGUCAGUGGUCUGAAAAGGCAUCUUGAGUGCAAGAACCGCAAUGAUGUUAAUAUGUUUGACAAAUCUAACAUGUGGUAUGUAAACUAAACUGCAAUAGCAUCCAUAUAAUUAUGAAAUAUUUAAUUGUACAUUCGAUUUUUUUUUUAUUGGUUUAAGUGAUAUAUAAAUUAUAGUUCUCAUUUUUGCUUCCAGCUUUGCCGGAUUGAGACGGAUUGUUGAUGCCGAAAUGAAAGACGUUCCUGCCACUGGGGUAACGAAUACAAAAGCUGAGUAG